AUUUGAUGAAUAUUCAUGAGGUGGGCGAGGCUGUCCCCUCACUCCUCCUUCAGCUCCAUGGCGGCCGCGCGGACAUGUUUAUUUCUGCAAGCAGGAGCGCACACGGUCGUCAUCCUCAUCGUCAUCGUCCUGCAGCUCGAUUUCCGCGUGACAGUCGCUCAGCUCAAUAUGGCAAACAAGAGCGUUUUAACCGCCAAAGAGCGCUCACUGAAGGGCAGGGAGGAGAAAAUGGUCGUGGCAGUAAAGCACACCGCCAUUGGGAACCCCACAGUGGAACCAUUUCCUGACAGCAUGGAGAUGAUCAUGUUUGGUAUGGGAUGUUUUUGGGGAGCAGAGAGGCGCUUCUGGAGGAUUCCUGGUGUGUUUUCUACACAAGUGGGCUACGCUGGGGGCUUCACACCUAACCCCACCUAUCAUGAGGUGUGUUCAGGUCUAACGGGGCACACAGAAGUAGUGCGAGUGGUCUUCUCUCCUGAAGAUAUCAGCUUAGAGAAACUUCUCAAAGUCUUUUGGGAGAGCCAUGACCCCACUCAAGGAAUGGCACAGGGGAAUGACCAUGGCACACAGUACCGUUCUGCCAUCUACACCUACAGCCCAGAACAGCAAGAGCUGGCCAUGAUGAGCAAGCAUAUGUACCAGGAGGCGCUGGCGAGGAAAGGCCUGGGCGAGAUCACCACAGAGAUCCGAGAGCACACCGAUUUCUACUAUGCUGAAGACUAUCACCAGCAAUAUCUGCACAAGGUGCCUAAAGGAUACUGUGGGUUAAAGGGCACAGGUGUCACCUGUUCUUUUGAAGGAGAAAAAGAUGAACUCUGACUCAGGGCACAGACAUAAUUGUCUGCUAUUUUAAAGGGAUACCAAAAAUUUACAUUUUGUCAUAAUUUAUUCACCCUCUUGUAGUUCCUUUUUUCUUGAAGAAAGUCAUAUUUAAUAUUCUUCUGAAUAGCUGGUUUAUCGUAAUCUAAAACCAUAACA